AUGGAGCGGCGGGUGGCUGCGUGGGCCGCGGCGCUGGUGGCGCUGGCCGCGUGCGCGGCGCUGCCGGCGACGACGACGGCGAACAAGAUCUCCGUCAACUGGAUGCCCAACACCAACUACACCGUCUGGGAGCAGACCCACGGCCCGUUCUACAAGGGCGACUGGCUCGUGUUCUACUACACGUCGGGGCAGGCGGACGUGGUGGAGGUGAACGAGUCCGGGUACAACCGCUGCGACGCCAGCAACGCCAUCUACAACUACAGCAAGGGCCGCAGCUUCGCAUUCGAGCUCAACCAGACCAAGACCUACUACUUCAUCUGCAGCUUCGGCUACUGCCCCGGCGGGAUGAAGCUCGCCAUCAAGUCCCAGAAGCUGCCGCCGCCGUCACCGCCGCCCUCGGCGCACGACAAGUCCGCCGCGCUCGCCAGGGCCCACGCCGGGGUCGUCCUCUACGCCGCCGUCGCCGCCCUCGCCACGCUCCUCAGGAUGGUCUAG